AAUUAAAAUUACUCACUCAACUCUCAACACUGAUAGAAAAUGGAGGGAAAGCGUUCAACUCCAAAACCCAGCGAUUUGCUUUACAAAAUCAGAGAUUUUAGUCGUUCGAUUCUCGUAGAUAUUUGCAAUGGACGAUCUCCAGUGGUUUCGAUCAAUAAAUUCAGAACUUAUUGCACGAAUUCCGCUGAAAAUUGUUUAUGCAGCUCCAAUUUGCCAGUAGGAACAGAGGUACUUACCUUGCGAAGGCAACCACAUGCUCACAGGAUAGAUGUUUUGCUAAGGGUGUUGCUAAUAGUUCAGAAGCUUCUACAAGAAAACAAACAUGCUUCAAAACGAGAUAUAUAUUAUACUUAUCCAUCUUUAUUUUCAGAUCAGUCUAUUGUAGAUCGUGCCAUAAAUGAUAUAUGCAUACUCCUUGAGUGUAGUCGCCACAAUUUAAAUGUAGUAUCUGUCGCAAAAGGGUUGGUGAUGGGCUGGAUUAGGUUUUCUGAAGACGGAAAGAAGUUUGAUUGCAUAACUAAUCCUAAUAUUGCUCAACCUGUUCCUGUCCAAGCUGAAGAUGUUCAAGAUAUUCUUAGUUUUGCUGAAUACAUCUUAGUUGUUGAGAAGGAGUCAGUUUUCCAGAGACUGGUGAAUGAUAAGUUUUGCAGCCACAAUCGAUGCAUUGUCAUUACAGGGCGUGGAUACCCAGAUGUUCCUACAAGAAGAUUUUUGCGCCUCCUUACUGAGAAGCUGCACGUUCCUAUAUAUUGCUUGGUGGAUUCUGAUCCAUAUGGGUUUGACAUCUUGGCCACUUAUCGAUUUGGCUCACUGGAAAUGGCGUAUGAUGUGGAAUUUCUUUGCGUACCGGAUAUCUGCUGGCUUGGUGUUUUUACAUCUGAUUAUGAAAAUUAUGCUUUUCCUUCACAGUGUCUCCUUCCCUUGACUACUGAAGAUAAGAAGAAAAUUGAAGCACUGUUACAUAGGUGUUACCUGCAGCAUGAGGAGCCACAUUGGAGACUGGAACUAGAGAGGAUGCAGGAUAAAGGUGUAAAGUUUGAGGUUGAAGCAUUGUCUGUCCACUCACUUUCCUUCUUGUCAAAGGAGUACUUGCCAUCAAAAAUCCAAUGCAUGUCCCAAAUGUCUCGUUUGAUGUCGUUUUGAUGGACUAUUUUUCCUUGUCUCCAGUUCCGUUACAAACAGGGACCCAGUGUGGAAGAACUUGGAUUAAAAAACUACAGAAGAUGCUGAAAAUGAAACCAAUUGAGGAUUUAUCCAGACAAGUAUAAAGAUGUGAUGGAUUCUUCAGCCACCUGUGCUUUACUAAGGCAUGAUUGGAUUGCAGGUUUUUGUUCGCGUCAAGAAUUACAACUCCUGUAUAAUAUGUUAUCCUCAUCUUCCGCCUGGAACUAAUUGUCAACCUAGUACUGUUGUGAAAUCUAAACUAGUAACGUGACAACUUUUUGAUCAGAUUUGUUACGUACCUCUUGUUAAGUACUCCGUACUCGGCAUAUUCUCAGUACAGUGGAUCAUUUGAACCAUGGCCUAUGAGCAUAACUUUUCAGGAAAGCAACAAACAAAAGGCUUUGUGUUGGCAUUGUAACAGAACUGGCCACAUUGCACGUGUGAUCGAGAGUAUUAAGCUUCAUAUAAUUUCUCUUAUUUUGGCCCUUAGUAGGAAAAUUAUUAGAGAAAUUUGUAUGAAUAUGCUAUACUAUACAAACAAACAAAAGGCAAAUAAUUACCAUUAUUUGCUUAGUUGUAGCUAAGAAUUACAAGAAUGUCAAGUGUAAUCAAGAAUACUGUAACAAAUGAUUUUUUGUUUGU